AUGGAGCCUUCCAACAACUCUACGACGUCCCCCAACAACAGUGAUAUGUUCAACAAGUUUGUCCACCUGGACGGAGAGCUAUCGGAGAGAUUUCAUACCUUGUGGAUUGUCCUGGUAGUGAUCAAUACCAUCAUCUUCCUCAUGGGCGUGGUGUUGAACUCUGUAGCGCUCUAUGUCUUCUGCUUCCGCACCAAAACGAAAACCACCUCGGUCAUCUACACCAUCAACCUUAUCGUCACCGAUCUGCUGGUGGGUUUCUCUUUACCCGUCCGGAUCAUUGUCCACUACAGCGCCAAGGACUGCCGCUCCUGUGCCCUCGUCCACAUUUUCACCUACUUUGUCAACAUGUACUGUAGUAUCCUCUUCUUGACUUGCAUCUGCAUUGACCGGUACUUGGCUAUUGUCCAGGUAGAAGCUUCGCGCAAGUGGAGGAACCCCAACUACGCCAAGGUCAUCUGUGCUUUCAUCUGGACGUUCGCCACCGUCAUCACCUUCUCCAUCCUCAUCAUGGCCAUGAAGUUCUCCCACUGCUGCAUUGCGCAGAUUUUGCCCUUGAUGGUCUGCGAGUACUUCUUCCCCCUGAUUGUCCUCACGUUCUUCACGACCAGGAUCAUGUGCGCGCUCUCCAAGCCCACCCUCAUGCACCAGAGUAGGGAGAGGCGGAUGCGCGCCGUGCAGCUGCUCAUCACGGUCCUCGUCAUCUUCAUGAUCUGCUUCACCCCCUUCCACGUGCGCCAGCUGGCCAUCGCCAUCAACCCGGCCAUGUCGUACGACCUAAGCUUGGUGGUUUACCACGUGACGGUCACCUUGAGCAGCCUCAACAGUUGCAUGGACCCCAUUGUCUACUGCUUCGUCACCAACAACUUCCAAUCCACCAUGAAAGGCAUCUUCAGGAAGUCGGAGCUCGAGCAAGCCAGUGGGGAGGUCAUCAGCGUCAACAAAGGGUCCGGAUCAAACGCGCUCAUGGCGUUUGCCAACGCGAUAGGGAACCCCAUGGGGUUGUCUUUGCCCAGCAAUACCGCAAACUCCUAG